AUGAGAAACUGGGUAUCGCCACGAAAUACCGCCCUUCUUCUGCCUCAAGUUGACCAAGACACGGCCGACCGAUUGGGCGUCCUCGAAGCACAAGUGGCCGAAAUGCGAAAGCUCUUGGAGCGUCAACCUACUUCAGUGGUCCAGCCAGUUCCAUCGACAUUGUCUCAGACUGCUACAUCGCAUACUGAUCUCGACACGCGAAUCGCGGAUAUAUCUCCUAGUGACAGACUUCCACCGAGGGGUGUUGUCGGCUAUUUCGUCCAGCUAUACCUCAAAUAUUGUAACUGUCAGCCACUUCCUCUGUUCUCCUUUGAGCACCUGACAACCACUUUUAGCUCGCGAGACCCCGAAUUAAUACUAGCGAUGCUGGCCCUCGCGUCGCGCUUUGACCUCGACAACUCCGCCGUCAGUCAGGCAGAUCUAUCACGCACGUUCGAAAGUCGCGCAACUCCGGCAAGAGACAUGAUCAUGCGUCGAGUUACCCAUGGUCCUAUUGAGCUUUCCACGAUCCAAGCAUUAUGCCUCCUCAGCGUAGCAGAAUUCAAUCACGGAAAUACGCCACGGGCUAGCACCUACAUUUCGCUUGCAAUUGAUCUCGUUUCAUCCUCGGGACUGUCUUCAGAGCAUCGAAGACUGAACUAUGACCAUAUUGACGACGAGCGACGACGAUGCUAUUGGAGCGUAGUACUUUUGAGAAAUCUCUACGGAGUAUCGUCCAGCACAUUUUCGUUUGUUCAGGAUGAAAGGACACCCAAGCUUCCUCAAAGACCACAGCCUCCUGCAGGCAUUAGCUCUCAAAUGACCGAUGCAGCCCUGGAGCAGCCGGAUGGUCCGAGUUCCUCUACUGAACCAUCUGAUCAUGGAAUCUUCGCUUAUGUCGUCCAGCUGAGCCAAGUCUGGCAGAGAGCUGUCAGGUUUGCAAACAGGCGUGGAAACGUCGGUACCCUUCCUGCCUGGUCUCCACAAUCCGAGUAUUCCCAGAUCACUGCUGAACUCAUGGAAGUCGAGACACGAUUGCCGUAUAAGUAUCGCUUUCGGCCUUCCCGAUUUCUGAAUCAAGAUCACCAUGAGCUCGAGCAGCACCGUGACUUCUGGGCCUCCUGGAUUUUGCUCCAGAUUCUUUACCACACUAUCCUCUGUCUGCUCAACCAUCCCCUUCUGUUGUUUCUCCGCCUUCGGAAUUUCAGAGUCACGAUGGUACCAGAGGUCUUUCUUCAGCACACAGCUGAUCUCACGGAAACUCACACAGAAUGGGUCAUACACAUGCUGGACUUGUGCGAGAAGAAUGGAUUCCGACAGUUUGAUCCAUUCUUGGCGCACUGCGCCGCUAUCGCUGCGACAAUCUAUUUGCAGCAGAGCUUUUCCGAUGACAACGAAGUGAGGACAGCGAAGCAGGGCAGUUUCAGAAAGUGCGUCUCAUUCAUUCGAGAUCUGGGCUCAUUUUGGCCUUACGUUAAUCAACUUGCCGACAAGAUUGAAGACUUUGAAAAGGUCGUGUCGAACUCUUUCCACGAUUCUGCAUCUCAAAGACCUCCAAAUUCCCGCAUCUCCAUCGAUCUGAGUUUGUUCUGGGAGAUUAUCGAGGCCUCCUUUGUCAGUGAGCUCCCCAAGGAUGCUGACGGUUACUUCGGUGCUUCCCUCACCUCUCAUCGUCAAUCAUCUUCCUCCGGAGAAGUCCUUCGCAGCCGUCUUUUACCUAAACCCACUCGUCUCAAUCAUCAUAAUAUAGCAUUACGGGCUGAAGAUGCCGAGUCCACAACUGCCUUCCUUCCGAGAGAUUCUACUCAAAAUUCCGAAGUUCGUACUGCUGACUUUAUAAACGAAGAAGUGUCGAUUUUGGCACAAAGCUAUUUUGCACAGGGACAAGAUUUGGCUGGAAGCCUGGAUGAUUGGUGGCUUUCAGGACAGCCGACCUGA